AUGACGGCACAGACGGUCCCUGCAAUUCCUCCUCGGCCAUCAAGGUCACCGCACCAGCAGAACCUUGCACCGGGGUCAACGGGCAAUGCUCCGAAGAUUCCUCCUCGUCCUUCUCGUCAUUUCGAACGGUCAAUGUCCCCGCUCCGAGAUAGCUAUGCUCCAUCACCGUUGAACGAGCCCCCUCAUGGCUCGGCCCUAGGUCGCACGAUCUCGAGUGACACCCCACAACGUCCCCCGAGCGUUACGAUACCUUCCCUGGGCGAGGAAGGCAUCGAGUAUGAGGAUCUGGGCGUCAGCGACACCCCAGAGAACCACCCCGCCGCCCCGACGGAAACACGGAACGUGGGGAGCGACCUUAAACUCCAUGCGCCAAGACCGUCCUUGCCGACUUCGAGCGCCAAAGCUCAAGUACAGGCGGUCACACGCACGGAUUCUCGCCAGGCUGCCGCGGCGGGAUUUGCUGGAAUGACGUCUCCUUCCCACGAGGAGCGCUCUGAACGUCCGGGUCGUUCGCUGCACUCCGGAGCAAGCGGCUCGCGAGCAGACUCAUCGACGGCCUCGACCGACCGACGGUUGCAAUACGAAGAAGAGCAGGGCAUCCCCGAAAUUGGACAGCGGGUUCCCAUGUACCCCAAUGGUGGCGAUGUGCAGGCGCCGUCCCCGAGUCCCUAUCAGGUGGAACACGGGGCCAAUCAGCGCCCGAGCCGGGGCCAUAACCGAAGCCGUAGUGGUCGCGAAUCUUCCCUGCCCCCCGGGAGUUACGGUCUCCACGGUCAUGGCGUGGACCCCAGUGACAGGUUCGAGAAGGCUUGGUAUGAGAAGCAUCCGGACGAAUACGUGAAGGAGGAGAAAGGUCAAUAUGGCCCCGGCGUUGGCACCCCCAAGCCCGACUGGGCUCUGAGUAGCGAUGACUUGAAUAAGCUCGUUCGCGGUUCUGCGGUAACCGGUUCUGGCCUUGGGACCUCUCCUGCUGUGAGCGGCACCCCAGAAGAGGAGAUUGGCUACAUCGCUUCCGAUGAGUACCAGCACCGCCUGGCGUCGCCCCCACCGCCGGGAUCGCACCACGACUCGCGUCCCGCGGUUGCUUCGUCUCUGAAACAAUCGGAAGUGCCCGAUCCGGAGCCUGAGCCUGUGACCAAGGAGAUAUCGGGCGGGAGAUCCAGAGACUCUGGCUUAAUCCACGUUAAUGAACCCUACCACCAUCUGCACCAUCCAGAUGGCUUUGCUCCGACCCCCGAUCCGGAUGAGCUGACCCAUGGACUCGGAGACGACGAUGCUGAGAGGGAAGAGCCCAUCCUGGCUGCGGAUGAAGUGCGCCCGGAGUCUGCGUACCAACACCCCGCUAUCUCCCCCACUUUCGGUCGGAGGAGCAGUCAGGACCAUGAGAGGAGCCGGCCUUCCAGUGUCUCCCAUAGUCGUCCGACCAGCAGAAGCACCAGCCACCACGGCAGCAUGCCCAAUCUGGCACGACUCAACUCACGCGAUGAGCGCGAGGAUGCCCACACGCCGCUCGAGGAUGUCGAGGAGUACGAGCCUUUGUUCCCCGAAGAUGCGUCCAAGGACAAGAAGCCGGUCUCCACUGUGGAGCGCUUCAAGCAGCGCCCCGACCUGCUUAAGCACCGAUUCCCGAGUCAGGACAUUUGGGAGGAUUCCCCCAACAGUCUGCAGCUCCAUACCACCGUGUCCACCCCCGACGCGGCCAAGGAGGAAGUCUACGAGACCCCCGAACAGGAGUCCUUCCGCAGAAGCCAGACGACCCGCACUGAUCCUCAUCGGAUCGCCACACAGAUACUCGAGGCCGAAGACCAGGAACAUGAGGAGCAGGCCGCUUCGCGACCGGGUGUCACCAAGCAACGGUUCCCGAGCCGUGAUAUUUGGGAGGACGUCCCAGAAAGCCAGCGACUGGUGACCACGAUAGAGCCCUCGGAAGCGCAAGAACUCCAAAGCCCAGUGGUACCCACGAAACCACACAUCCCGUCCCGACCUCAAAAGCAGGCUCCCCCUAUCAACACUUCUACCAAGCCCGUCACGUCACCCAACAAUCCAGUCACGUCGCCCACCAAGCCAGUCACGUCGCCCACCAAGCCAGUCACGUCGCCCACCGAGAAGAAACAGCCCCCCAUGAUUCCAGAUCGGCCCAAGCCGCAGAUCCCUAUCCGGCCUGCCCGACUUGCCCGUGGAUCCACAGAUGAGACCAAGGAUGCUCCAGCGGCCAAGGAUAUUGCAGCUAAACCAAAACCUGCGGUGCCAUCGCGUCCGGGAGGGAGCAAAAUCGCAGCUCUCAAGGCAGGAUUCCUUACCGAUUUGAACUCACGGUUACAAGUUGGUCCCCAAGUGGCCAAGCCACCGCCGAAGAAGGAGGAACCCCCGGCCGAGAAAGUACCGCUGAGUGAUGCUCGCAAGGGACGGGCCCGUGGACCGGCACGCCGGAAGCCUGCAGCCGAACCCGCCCCCUCACGUCUGCCCACGAUCCCCGAGGUCCGGAUCACCGAGACCUGGAAUGUGUGGCAGGUGGACGCAGAUGGCCACGUGGUUGUGGGUGACAGCGGGAAAGCCGAGACCUCCAAGGUACAAGGCGACCUGCCCAAGGUAAAAGACGAGUCGCCCAAGGUGAAAGCCGAGUCGCCCAAGGCUGCUCCUGCUGCCCUGGACACCACACUCGAGAGCGCCCCAAUGGCCCCGCCGAUUUCCAAGAACGCUGCCGGCGAGUCGACCGAUCCCCAGCCGUCGCCAUCUCCAGCGAAGGAGUCAUCCCCUAUCAAGGAGUCAUCCCCGGUCAAGGAGUCAUCCCCGGUCAAGGAGUCAUCUCCAGUCAAGGAGUCAUCUCCAGUCGAGGAGAAGGCUCAGUCGCCGAAAGCCACAUCUCCCCCAGCGACGGAACCUAAGACGCUACCGGUCUUCACCGACGCAGCCCACAAGGCCCUAGACACGGAGGAUACCGAUGCGACGGACGGGCCCGCUCCCGCCGUAGAACCGGUAGUGAAAGAAGACGAGCCGGAAGCAGCCUCAGCCGCAGCCCCAGCCGCAGCCCGAAUUCAAUCCCCCGAGGAAGAAGCAGUAGAUACCAUCGCGGAGGGCCUAGCCGCCGUCGCCGACGGCAAGGAAAACCGAGAAAGCCAACACCACGUUUAG